AUGUACGGCCAGCAGAUGUUCCCUAGUCAUCCCCCUGCUUCGCAGUAUGACGUUGCUCUUGGUCUUAUCAUUGCUCAAAUCGAGUAUUAUUUGAGCGUCGAGAACUUGUGCAAGGAUAUGUACCUUCGUAGACAGAUGAACUCUGAUGGUCUAGUACCACUAUCAGUUCUGGCUAAUUUCAACAGAGUAAAGGCUCUGACCAAUGGUGAUUAUAACUUCUUUUUCGAGGCUGCCAGCUGGGCUCCAUCUGCUCAAGUCAUUGGCGAUAGAAUCAGACCCAGAAUUGGUUGGGAGACCUGGGUGCUACCUGUCAAUGACAGACUCCCUGGUGGUUUAGAGGAACUGCCUCGAUUCCAACCCAUAGUUCAAGAGGAAGAGCAGGCUCCCAAGUUCAACGCAGCAGCUGCUGUCCCCUUUGUUCCUAAGAGCAAAUCCAACUCGACAUCUGGCAGUCCAGCUAACGAAAGUUCCUCGAACUAA